CAAAGAUACAAUUUCCGGAUGCACUGAAGCCAACCGUCUGCCACGAUGAUUUAUCUUCCAGGGCUUGUUGGCCUUCUGCUGGUGUUCACAGCUGAUGCCAGAGUUGGAAAUUCCACCAUAGAGUUUUGUUCUGAGACAGAACAAUGUCUGCUGUUUGAUCUGAUCUGUGAGACUGACAAAUUUGAGGCCCGUCACUAUGACUCUGUGAAAUGGGUUUCAACUGAUGAGACAUCCUACAUCAUGGAAGUUGCAGCAAUGAGAGCUUUCAGACGACUGUAUGAAUACAUCACUGGUACCAACGAGAAUGGACAGAAAAUGAAAAUGAUUUUGGGAAGGGGUACCUACACAGUGAGUUUCUUGCUGCCAGCUGAACAUCAGCAGAAUCCCCCCAAACCUAUUGAUGAUAAGGUGUACAUACACGUAAUGCCAAAAAUGGAAGUGUAUGUAUUGAGCUACGGAGGAUGGAUGACGAGCAUUGCUGACCAAAAUCAGGCUUACAGAUUGUCCUCUGACCUUGACUCAGUUAAUGCAAAGUACAAAAAAGGCUUCCACUAUGCCGUUGGAUAUAACAGCCCUAUGACGCUUUUUAACAGGCACAAUGAGGUGUGGUUUGUCAUUGAAGAUGAGCCAGAAUGUUCCAGCAGCAGUGAGGAACUGUAGUUUUCUCCUUUUGCAGCAGACAGUGUAUACAAAGAGAUGUUGUAGCUGACUAUUGCUUCAAGUCAUAUUGUACCAUAUAAAUAACCUGCAAUAGAUUGAAAAAAUGCAGUGAAUAUGGAUAAAUUGAAUCACCAUAAUAACAAUGGUUUUACAUUAGCCUGUCUGGUGUUUUUUUUGUUCUCUUCAAUAAAGGUACU